CGAAGAGGGGAGACGAUGUUCAUAAAGCCGCAGAAUGAUCAGGUGACGGUAAUAUUUCCUAUGCACUUCGCGGACGCGCGCGAUGCGGUGAUAGCGACGCAGUUCUUGACGCAGUUUGCAGAGGUGCGACGCGGACAAAAGGAACUGUCGACGGCGCCGGCGGUUUCGUAUCACAAGUCACCACCGUUGGAGUUAAAGGACGCUCCAGAGGAGAUGAUCGGUGGCGCGAACGGUGGUUAUGUGUCGUUUGUGUUGUUUAAACGUCACGCCACGCCCGAUCGCUUGGAGGCGACGGUGUGGAACAUUAUGACGUUUCACGCGUUUGUGAGCUACCACAUCAAAUAUUCCAAGGCGUACUGGCACAGUCGCAUGCGUCAAAAGGUGGAGUCAUGGCUGAGCAUCCUCAAGCGUGCGAAA